AUGAUAAUCCUGAUCUCAAAUGGAAAAUUCUGUACUACAUUUCAUAAAAUAAAGAGCGAGUCUUAUUGCACUGGCAUAAUAACAUCUUCUGAUCCUUUGAAAUGUCAAGUUACAGUUGUAGUUUCUCAAGAGCACGGGGAGGAAUCUUUGAUUAGUCAUUUUAGCAACUUGUUAUCCGAAAAUGCCUAUUUUUGUGUUUGGGCAGUGUUAUCGGAAAAGUUUACUUCAGGAUUUUACUGCUACAUGGCUCUUCAUGCUUUCGAAGAAAUACAUGAGGUUUUGAAAAAAGCAAUCCUAAGUCCACAUAAACUUUAUUAUGAGCAAAAUAUUGCUCUUAAGGAAAUCGGUCACUAUUUGGACAGUUGUUCCUAUGCCCAAAGUUUUGAUCUACUGUACAAUGAGAUUCAGAAAAAGACCAUUAAAUGGGCGAUUGACCGCUCAAUGGGUACUAUAGAUGAGGAUAUUCUAGCAGAACCAUUCACUAUUGUACGAGGACCACCUGGCACAGGCAAAACACAUACUUUGUUUGGUAUUCUGAAUACUCUACAUUUAAUUCUUUUCCAGAGAUAUUAUGGAAGUGUUACUGCUCUCAUAGAAGGAAGAAAUGUGGGAAGGUCAACGAAUUCACAGCACGGGAAAUUGAAGAAUCAUGAUGCGUGCAGAGAUAUUGAAAAAAUAUUCGUGAAACCUCGUAUUCUAGUAUGUGCCCCAAGUAAUGCUGCGGUUGACAACAUUUGUGAGAAAGUUUUGAAAGUGGGCUUUAAGCAGACAAAUAAUAUGCCUUAUCGACCAGGUAUUAUUCGAUUGGGAGCAUUUGAUGCUCUCAUUUCAGAUGAUAUAAAAUCUAUUCUUAUUCAAACAAAAAUUAAAGCCCUUCUUUCCUUAUCAGAAAUAGAAUGGAAUAAACUUUACUCUCAAUUUUAUUUCAAUGUGCUUGCAAUAAACCAGCAGAUUGAGAACAUCAAUCUUACGGGAACAAUUACUCAUAGCAUAGACAUGUAUAUCCAGUCUAUUGAAAUUCGUGAUCGUUGUAUAGCUGAAUUAGCUCGACUUGAACUUGUGAACACCAAGCGUACUCCGGGGCUAAAUCCAGGUAGGAAAAAUGAGAGUACAGAACUAUAUAUAGAGCUAGAGACAUCAUUUUUGGAUGAAGCAGAGAUAGUUUUUACAACUUUAACAUUAUGUGGACGUCAUACUUUGAAGAAGAACUCGAAAGUAUUCGAUGUAUUGUUGAUAGAUGAGGCAGCACAGGCGAAUGAACUUGCUACUUUGAUACCGCUAACUCUUGGAGUGAAGCACUGUAUCCUAAUUGGGGAUAACUUUCAACUUCCAUCAACUAUAAUUUCUGAACGUGCUAAAACUGCGAAAUUUGGCAGAUCUCUCUUUCAGAGGCUGCUUGAAAAUGACUUUGAUUUCAUCUCUCUUUCCAUUCAGUACAGAAUGUUGCCUGAAAUUCGCCAUUUCCCUUCUCGUUUCUUUUAUGAUGGAAUUCUGACUGAUGAUCCGUCCAUGUCGAACAAGGGAGUAAUGAAUAAGAUGUGGCCGAGCGAGCCUUAUCUACUUUUUGAUACUGGAGAUACCUUUGAAACACGUAGUAAUCGAGGUUCUGUUGUCAACUUAUUUGAAGUUUCUUUGAUUUUCUCUCUGCUAAAAUGUUUCACAUCUAUGAAUCCGGGAAGAACUCUACAGAGUAUUGCUGUUAUAACCCCAUAUAAGGAACAAAAAGAUCUUAUAGAACAGACUUUGAGAAAAACUUUUGGAAGAAGUACUUCAGUCCCGUGUGUCAGUACAAUUGAUGGUUUUCAGGGCAAAGAAUGCGAGUUCGUUAUCAUAUCAUGUGUACGUGCAACAAACAAUAUUGGAUUCCUUUCAGACGCUCAGCGUCUCAAUGUAGCUAUUACUCGUGCAAAGAAGCGAUGCUGGAUCUUGGGCAAUUUAAAUUCGUUGUGUAGAGAUAAGAUUUGGAGACAUGUUGUAGAGGAUGCUGUCUCGAGAUUUAGCAUAAUUCAAGGUCGUGAGUCCCAUGCAGUUUUACAGAGCUUUUCCACCCCCUCAAACGCUUUUUAG